UGUGGCAGGAUGGCGGCUGAGUUGGACAAUGGAAUGGAUCUGUCUGGGUUUACUGUUGACAGAGGAAUAGAAGCUGAAAAUGAUAAAAUUGACGAAGUUACAGAGAUCUCUUUGUCCCCUGAUUUAGAAGCAGAGGAAGAAAGGAAAGCAGAGUUGCGGGAACAAGCCAAAAAGAUUGAAGAGGAAAUUGUUACCCUUAAACAAGCUCUUGAAAGGAAAGAGAAACAGAUGGCAGAGAUUAAAAGAUUGUUGGGUAUCACAGCCUGGUCUCAGUUGAAAGAGGGAUUCCAUAAUCAAUACCAGAACUUGCAAGGAACACAGUUGUAUCAAAAGACAUCUGACACCUUAAAAUUUUUUUAUGAUAAAAUUGUUCAUUCCCAAACUUACAAUAAACUGAGCACUGGUGCCUCUGCAACCAAAACAGUGUUAAGUGAUGCUGGAUCAAGGACAGCAAAUGCUGCAAGAAAUGUUGGAUCUGCAACAGCCAAGAAACUGGGUGAAAUAAGGGGAUCCUCAAUGUUUCAAUCUUUGGAAAGCAAAGUUGUUUCUGCUUCUUCAACUCUUAAGUUUAAGAUGCUGGGAAGCUCAAACAAAGGCCAAUUAACCACAAGUCAGCCUCCAUCUCCAUCCAAUAAUGAUAUCAGUUUAUCUUGAGGACUGUCGAAUUAAUCUCAACAGUAAUUUUCCAAAAGAGUUUGGAUAAAUAGUGUUAAAUCUUGAGGAUCUAAAUUAGACACAGCACAGGAAUUGAUCCACUGAAUCAUGUGGCACAAAGAAGUAGAAGGCAAAAAACUUUUUGACAGACUCUGGUAUCACAGCUUCUUGAAAAGUAGAAAUUUAAUAUUUUGGAGUGGUUUGUUGUCUGAGACAAGGAUAUUAAUAGAACAGAGUCCAAUUCUUUAGCUGGAAAAAUCACUUAUGUGUCAAGCUCAUUGCCAUCACUCUUAGCACUGUGAGAAUAAUUUUGGGGAUUUGUAAACUCAUUUUUCAUGGUAAGGGAUACAGUAUUUAACAGUUCGAAACUAAGUGUUUUCACCACAGGCUAUUUAAUUGAAUGUUAAUUAGAACUUAGUAAUGAUUUUUCAGAGGAAGUAUUCCUUUAUAAUGUAUUUCAUAGCUGUCUGGUAUUUCAUUGAAAUAUUUUUAUGCUAUACAAGACUUAGUGCAAUGUUAAUAAAGAGAACAGCCUUUAGGAACAUUUUUGUUGUUUGUUAUUCAGAAGAAAAAAAGUUUGUUUCUUUGUUUAUAAAUACUUAAUUUGUUGUGAAUGAGAAAAAAACUUUGGUGUUCAAUUCUACAAAGGUUUCUAGGAAUUGAUCUGGAGUACUUGAGAGAUGAGUAACUCUUCUAUUCAAUAACAGAUUAUCUAACUUUGAUGUUAACCUUUGUAAAUCUGAAUUCUCUGCUUUAAGAGAUUGGGGAGAUCAUGUAACCAUGUUAUGAUGGUGUUCUAACUUUAUUUUUAGUAAUAAAAAAGGCUAUAUAGUCUAGAAAACUAGUGCUGUUCUGAUCUCUAAACCAUAAUUUAAGAACUUGGUUCUUGCAACUCUUUUCUGUUCUGAGGUCUUAAGUGCCAUUUUAGGUUUGUAUUUAGUGAAGAUAAACUGCUGUAUCUAUCAAUGAUGCAAUAAUAUUCCGACACUUAAAUUGGUAUCUGUGUUAAAAGACAAUCAAAUCAUUCUGCCUUCGUUCUGGGAUAAUCAUCUGGCUGACACAACACAAUAACUGAUGCUUUUACAGAGAUAUCUAUCUCCCCAAUUGCUUUGAGGGUAGGGAGAAAAUGUACAUGUAUGCAUGCUUCAUCAAUAAACUUUUUUAUGCAAUGAGAACAUUUGCUUUGGUUAAAAUCAGUAUUUUAGGUACUUCAAUUACACGUGUCAGACAACCUCCUGUAUUGAGUUUGUUACUUAUUAAUAAGAUUUAAAAAAAUCAUUUCUGCUAUUAAACAAUGGUUAUAUCA